CUGGAGCUCGGCUCUCUUCGGCUGCUUUCGGAAGAUUCUCGUCGCGGCCUCGGUUCCCCUUCGGCCAGCGCUCGUCCUCUCGGGCUCGGCUCUCUUCGUCCGCGUUCGGCCGCGGCCCGGAAGGGCGCCCAUGGAGCGGGGACUGUCGGCUCGACCGACGGCUAUGGCGCCGCUGCUGGAAUAUGAGCGGCAGCUGGUGCUGGAGCUACUGGACGCGGACGGGCUGGUAGUGUGCGCCCGCGGGCUCGGCGCGGACCGGCUCCUCUACCACUUCCUCCGGCUGCACUGCCACCCGGCGUGCCUGGUGCUGGUGCUCAACACGCAGCCGGCCGAGGAGGAGUAUUUUAUCAAUCAGCUGAAGAUAGAAGGAGUGGAACACCUCCCUCGCCGCGUAACUAAUGAAAUCGCAAGCAAUGGUCGCUAUGAGGUUUACACACAAGGAGGUGUGAUAUUUGCAACCAGUCGAAUACUUGUGGUUGAUUUUUUGACUGAUAGAAUACCUUCAGAUUUAAUUACUGGCAUCUUGGUGUAUAGAGCUCACAGAAUAAUCGAGUCCUGUCAAGAAGCAUUCAUCUUGCGCCUCUUUCGCCAGAAAAACAAACGUGGCUUUAUUAAAGCUUUCACAGACAAUGCUGUUGCCUUUGAUACUGGUUUUUGUCAUGUGGAAAGAGUGAUGAGAAAUCUUUUCGUAAGGAAGCUAUAUCUGUGGCCCAGGUUCCAUGUAGCGGUAAACUCGUUUUUAGAGCAGCACAAACCUGAAGUCGUAGAAAUUCAUGUUUCUAUGACACCUGCCAUGCUUGCCAUACAGACUGCUAUACUGGACAUUUUAAAUGCAUGUCUAAAGGAACUAAAAUGUCAUAACCCGUCGCUGGAAGUCGAAGAUUUGUCUUUAGAAAAUGCUAUUGGAAAACCCUUUGACAAGACAAUCCGCCAUUAUCUGGAUCCUUUGUGGCACCAGCUUGGAGCCAAGACCAAAUCCUUGGUUCAGGAUUUGAAAAUAUUACGAACUUUACUUCAAUAUCUCUCUCAGUAUGAUUGCAUCACAUUUCUUAAUCUUCUGGAAUCCCUGAGAGCAACAGAGAAGGCUUUUGGUCAAAAUUCAGGUUGGCUGUUUCUUGACUCCAGCACCUCGAUGUUUGUAAAUGCUCGAGCAAGGGUUUAUCGUGUUCCAGAUGCCAAAAUGAGUAAAAAAGGCAAAAUGUCCGAAAAAAUGGAGAUUAAAGAAGAGCAAGAAACAAAAAAGGAACUGGUCCUAGAAAGCAACCCAAAGUGGGAAGCGCUGACUGAAGUACUGAAAGAAAUUGAGGCAGAAAAUUCCGAGAGUGAAGCCCUUGGUGGUCCAGGUCAAGUACUAAUUUGUGCAAGUGAUGACCGAACGUGUUCCCAGCUAAGAGAGUAUAUCACUAUGGGAGCAGAGGCCUUCUUGCUGAGGCUCUACAGGAAAGCCUUUGAGAAGGAUAGCAAAGCUGAAGAAGUGUGGGUGACUUUCAGAAAGGAGGAUGGUGCAAAGAGAACUGUGAAAUCUAACAAAAGACCCAAAGACCCCCAAAACAAAGAAAGAGCUCCUACCAAAGAAAGGGCUCUCAAAAAGAAAAAACGAAAGUUAACGUUAACGCAGAUGAUGGAGAAACCUGAAGAACUUGAAGAGGAAGGGGAUAGCAAAGAAGGAUACCCUAGAGACUUAUGCAGCAGCCCAGAGAGCUGCUUAGAAGAAAUCAAGCACGAGGAGUUUGAUUUAAACUUGUCAUCGGAUGCCGCUUAUGGAAUUCUGAAAGACCCCCUCACCAUCAUCCACCCACUUCUGGGUUGUAGCGACCCCUACGCUCUGACGAGGGUACUCCACGAAGUAGAGCCAAGAUACGUGGUUCUGUAUGACGCAGAGCUAACAUUCGUGCGUCAGCUCGAAAUUUACAGGGCAAGCAGGCCGGGGAAACCUCUCAGGGUUUACUUUCUCAUAUACGGAGGUUCGACCGAGGAACAACGCUAUCUCACUGCUCUGCGGAAAGAAAAGGAAGCUUUUGAAAAACUCAUCAGGGAAAAGGCUAGCAUGGUUGUCCCAGAAGAAAGGGAAGGCAGAAGUGAAACAAACCUAGACCUGGUCAGAGGCUCCGUGUCUGUAGGGGAUCCCGCCGACACUCGGAAAGCAGGUGGCCAAGAACAGAAAAGUAUACAGCAAACUAUAGUGGUGGAUAUGCGUGAGUUUCGAAGUGAACUCCCAUCUCUGAUCCAUCGUCGGGGCAUUGACAUUGAGCCGGUGACCUUAGAGGUUGGAGAUUACAUUCUGACUCCAGAAAUGUGCGUGGAACGCAAGAGCAUCAGUGAUUUGAUCGGCUCCUUAAACAACGGCCGCCUCUACAGCCAGUGCGUCUCCAUGUCCCGCUACUACAAGCGACCGGUGCUGCUGAUCGAGUUUGACCCCAGUAAGCCUUUCUCUCUCAUCGCCCGAGGUGCCUUCCAUCAGGAGAUCUCCAGCAACGACAUCAGUUCCAAACUCACUCUCCUCACCCUGCACUUCCCCAAACUCCGGAUUCUCUGGUGCCCGUCCCCUCAUGCCACCGCCGAGUUGUUUGAGGAGCUAAAACAAAAUAAGCCACAGCCUGAUGCAGCGACAGCCAUGGCUGUCACAGCAGAUUCUGGAACCCUCCCCGAGUCAGAGAAGUAUAAUCCUGGGCCCCAGGACUUCUUGUUAAAGAUGCCGGGGGUGAAUGCCAAAAACUGUCGCUCCUUGAUGAGCCACGUGAAGAACAUUGCGGAAUUAGCAAGCCUGUCACAAGACAAGCUCACAAGUAUUCUGGGGAACGCUGCAAAUGCUAAGCAGCUUUAUGACUUCAUUCACACCUCUUAUGCAGAGAUUCUAUCUAAAGGGAAAGUGAAGAAAUGAACAGUGGCGACUGUGCUUUUCAACUGCUCUUUGCCAGCUGUAAUUGGUCAUUAUUAAUUAUUAGCUCAGUGUUUCAUUCUCUCCCCAUGUUUUUAAUGUUUGUGCUGUGUUUCCUAGUUCAGUGGCUCAGAAGCCAAGAUUUCUCCCCGAACUUUGCAUCUAAGCACCUUUUUAACUUUCUCGUGCCAGCUCUCCCUCCCUCCCUGCGCUGUCUGUGCCUGGGUGCGUGUGUUCAGUUUUUAAAUAGGUGUAUCAGGAUCAGGUAAAGGUUCUGUAAGUGCUUGUAGAAGGCCACUUUUGGGACAAGCUGAAAUGUAUGCGUCCUGCACAGACUGACAAAGCACACAAUCGUGUUUUCACCCUCUGUCCGUAGAGGGCCCCCGGGAACUCUGAGAAGGAAACAUUUCUUUGCCAUUCCUGACCAGUUUCCCCCCACAUCCUCCUCAGACAUCCUUCUGCCACCUGUCUGCCUCUAAGAAAACUCAUGGGGCGUCCUCCUGCUCAUUUACGACAACCACCUCUAAAACUGGCCGAUUACUUUUCUAGUCACCUGAAUAGAUAUAGAUGAACCACUCAGUUGUUCCAAACCAGUAUUUUUAAAACAUAAAAUGAAUUACCUAUUUACAGAAUUUUAUGGUGUUGGUGAGGAACGCUUAGAAUUCUGUUUUUACUGAUAGUUAACGUCCUAAAGAGUUUUGUUUUCCUUCCUUAAGUUGAGUUAAAAGGACUGUAAGUAACUGGAAAAUCAAUUUAUAGAUUAUAUAAAAUUCUAAAUAAAUAUAUAUAUAUAUGUAUUUAAAAAAUUAUGAAGAGCCCUGGCCAAUGUGGCUUAUUAGUUGUUUGAGCAUCAUCCCAUGCACUGAAAGGUUGCCCAUUUGAUCCCCAGUCAAGGUGUGUGUGGGAGGCAACCGACUGAUGUUUUUCUCCUCUUCUUUCUCUCUCUCCCUCUUCCUCUCUCUCUCAAGAGAAAAAUCAAUAAAAAAUAUUUUUAAAAAAUUCAUAAAGAAAACAAUAUCAUUGUAAACCUGAUUGAUUUCAUUUGACUUUUAAGGUGUACAUAAGGGGCAUUCAUAACAUCUUUGUGCAGUUUUUAAACUUUUAUAUUUAAACAUUAUUAACUUAAGUAUUAUUCACAUAUUUAAUAAUGAGUAGUAAAUUUUCUACCUCAAGGGCUGAUAUAGACAUCAGUUCCACUAGCUAUGUCCCAUAGGGUAAUGUUUCUUUAGGUCAGCCAUGUUUUUGUUUGUCACACUAAGUCUCAACUCAGAGGAUGCAGUGGACCAUGUAACACAAAGUGGGCUUCAACUUUAACAAAAGUACUGCUUUUAACUGUCCUCGAAACGGAACCAUACUGAUUCCUUGGUUUCUUGGUAUGUUAACGAAUGUUAAUACAGUUAAAGUAUAUGUGGAUUUUGCAAGGAUACUGCAAAAAUUAAUUGCAGGGCAUUAAAGAGUCCUAUUGGUUAUUGUAGAACUCUGUUCAGAGAUUUGGAGAGUAGAGAAGAGGACAAGAAACAAAAAUUAGUUUAAGAUAGAUUAAAGAUUUGGGCUAUUUAUUUUGUUUAAAAUAGGGUUAAAAAUAUACCCUUGAGAAUAGAAAACAAAAAUGUCAGAUACACAUAUAUUUUACAUUAAAAUCAUAGUUAAAAGGAACGUUAAAAUAGCCGUACCACCUCAAAUAAUCAUGGUUAAUAUCAUUUUUAUUCACCCUAUUCCAUCACUUUAGCUUGAGGUACGUAAUUUCUAUUAUUUCAUUAUUUCUUCUUAUACAUUCCACCUGCCUUUUAUUGUUCUUUCAUUACAUAAAAGGAAAAACCUGACAUAGCACAUUCUUUGAUAGGGGUUUUAUUACAAGUUAAAUUUUCAAAAAUAAGCUCUUAAAGCUACCAUUUUAAACAAUCCUAGUUAUUAGUACAACUGAGGUAACAGUGUUCAUUGUGUUUGGAAAGCCAGUGGCCCCUGACUUCCAAGUUCUGUUACUUGCCAUUGUACCUAGUGGACAUGUGAAAACAGGUGCAUCGUCUCGUGUGUAUUUGACUUACGAGCGAUAGUUUCUAAUGACUCUCCAUGGUCAUCAUAGAUGAAAGGCUCUCCCUGCCGCAUCCUCUCCCAACUUAAAUGUACGUAUUUUAAAUGUGUCUCCAGUUGUGGGAAGCCUUGAAUACACCAUCAUGUGUUUACUUCUAUCAAGUAUUUUAAAAAAUUUUUACAAUCUGUGGCAAAGGAACUAGAAAUGCACAGUUGAAAAAUUACUAUAGCACUUUAUAUUCUAGCAUCAUUUGGUUAGCUCUGCCUUUUACUUUGAAAGUUAGAAAUAUCCAGUAUACAUAUGAACUCAUGCUUAGCUUUUUAAAAGCUUGAGAUCAGCAUUAUUUGACUUCACGUUUUUUACAUAAAAACUUGAGCAUGUGAAAAAGUGUGAUAAGUUGAUUUGUUUACAUCAUUGUGCCUCUGUGUUUCCUUAAAAUUAUACAAGAAGAAAUCAUUUUUAAUAGUGGCCAUAAAUAAUGUCCUUUGACACUAAGUUGCUGUUUCUUCUAUCUGUUUCUUCAAUCUGAGGCUCAAUAUGUCUACAUAUGUUUUAGUACAGCCAGGAUACAGUUUCCCAGCGCAUGGAGAACUAAAUAUAACUUUAGUCCCAUUCAUCAACCCAUUGGGAACACAGAGGGUUAAAUCUAGAUUUGGUUGUGUUGAGAGCAUAAAAUUAAUAAAUGGCCUUGAACAGGAAAGCCCGCACUGAAGCAAAUCUGAAGAAGAGUGGGUGGGGGCAAAGUGGCAGACAUUAGUCUUUGCUUUUGUUUUUCAAGCAUAAUUUGAUUUUCCUUUGGCUCAGAAAACUCUUUAGGGAAAUUCCCUUCUCUUUGGUGUUUAGUUUAACCUAGAAAUGUCCUCUUAAAAACCAACAUUGUAGGAAAAUUCUUUUCUCUGGCUCAAGUAUAUAACAAUUUAUCCAGGAUUCUGCAUGAGUUGUCAUUUUUCUUAAUUAUUUCGCUGUGUAUUUUGAAUUAUAGCUCUUUCCUGUUUGAUUCUCAACUUCAGUACUUAAUUUACCAUCUUUAUCCACAGGUUUCUCGUGGCUUACAGGACUGUUUUUUGACUUAAGGGUAUGGAAGCCAAAAUUGGGGUGGGAUGGAGACACAAUUGGUUUAUAUCAAUUUGUAACAGAGUUUGUGUGUUUUUAAUAAAAUGUGUAUUUAUUCAGUAUUUUCCUCAGCACCCUGUGGGUAAAGUAAAAAUAAAAUACAUACUGAAAGGGCAUAAAUUCCCAGUGCAUUAUAUUUACCAUUGUGUUAGUAAAUAUAAUUUUUGAUUCAGAGAGUAUUUAGUUUGGUUUCUUUUUUGUUCAGUAGAAUAAAUGAUUAAAGCUGAACUGCUCUUUGAACCACUGCUAUUGCGUGUGAUGUGCUUGGUCAAUCCACUCUCUA